AUGACUAGAGCAUGUUACUUUCAGUUUCUUUUCCCUUUUGCAGAUGAUCUAUGUAACUGCAGUUCUCUUGGGAGUGCAAGUGUGAAUGAGUGCAAUACUUCAACAGGACAAUGUGAGUGUCUCACAGGCUAUACUGGUCUGUGGUGUGAAAACUGCGAGGAGGGAUAUCUCAUGAACCAAACCAGUGGGCUCUGCUUUCCAUGUGGCUGCAAUUCCAAAGGCUCUGUCAGUUCCUUUUGUGAUAACUUCGGAAAAUGCCAGUGUAAAGUUGGGAUAACUGGCUUCAAGUGUGACCAAUGCCGUGAUGGAUACUACUGGGUCAACCAAACCAGCUGUGAACCAUGUCAGUGCAAUAACUAUUCCAACAGCUGUGAUAUCUUAACAGGCACCUGUUUGAACUGUCAAGGAAAUACAGAAGGAAGCCACUGUGAAAAAUGUAAGGUGGGCUUCUUUAGAAGCAUCCUUCCAGGCCUCGAAUGUCACCUCUGCCCAUGUUCAACAGUGGCAUCUACUGGAAGCUGCCAAAUAAAACCUGGUCAACACACCCCAACCUGUGACAGAUGCCGAGCUGGAUACACUGGCCCAGACUGCAAUCAGUGUGACAAUGGCUAUUACAAUUCUGACAGCAUCUGCAUUAGAUGUAAAUGUAAUGGGAAUGUAGACCCAGACCAGUCACCCAAGAUGUGCAAUCCAGACACAGGAGAAUGCAUUGGCUGCCUCCACAACACAGCUGGGUUCCACUGUGAGGAGUGUCAGGAAGGUUAUGUCAAAGAUCCAGAUGGAGCCAAUUGCACCAAGAAAGAUGUCAUUCUUGGUCCUGAACCUAGAGGAUUUGUACCUACGACUCCCAACAUCAGCAGGGCAACAUCAUUUUCAACUAGAGUGAUAAACAGUACAUUUGCCCCAGCAACUGUGCAGACUAUAUUUCCUAUCAGCUCUUUAGACAAUAGUACCUCUUCAUUAGCAGAUGUCUCCUGGACUCAAUUUAACAUCAUUAUUUUGACAGUUAUUAUCAUUGUUGUGGCCCUGUUGAUGGGAUUUGUGGGUGCUGUCUACAUGUACCGUGAAUAUCAAAAUAGAAAACUUAAUGCUCCUUUCUGGACCAUUGAGCUCAAGGAGGACAACAUUAGUUUUAGCAGCUACCAUGACAGCAUACCCAAUGCUGAUGUUUCAGGCUUACUGGAGGAUGAUGGAAAUGAAGUGGCACCAAAUGGACAGCUAACACUGACAACUCCAAUGCAUAACUAUAAAGCUUAAAACAAGAGUCAAUUCACUUAUUCCAAAGUCGGAUUAAAAAAUGUACAAUCCUCGCUGAAGGUCUAUCAAAAUCUGUACCACGAUUCCAAGCAAAGGAAUUUGCUACUCAGAUACUCUCUUACGUUGUGCAUGGUCUAGCAUGCUGGUGAGCAGAAAAGGAGUGUAGCGCAUAAGAAUUUCAGGUAAUAUUAUGAAAUGCAUUCAGUAUAAUGUUUUCCAUGAGGACCCAUAGACUUCACUGUUAAAGACUUUCCAUACAAUUAUGCUGAUCUUAAAGUAUAUUUUUAUAUGAAAAGAUGGGGGGUAACCAGUGCCCCUGAUUAAUCAAAAACUACUUUGACUUCCAGCGAAACUAAAGCCUAGACCAGUAGCCUAUAUUUUGAAAAGCAGCCUGUUUAAUUAGCAGUGGACUUUCAGAAAAUACUUUUUUGUAAAGACUUAAUUUUAUUUCCUGGUACGAAUUUGUGCUUUUUGUAUAUAAAAAGGGAAAUCCUAUUUGUUUCACUUUUAAAUAAGUAAGUGUAACACAUGUACUAAAAUCCACUUUCAGUUCUUCAACAAUUUGGGGAACAGAAUCAAUAAAUCAUGAAAAUGUU